AUGUCAAACAUCGAUAUUAACAAUCUACAAAACUCAUUCCAACAAGCUAUGACUAUGAGUGGUUCUGCAGGCGCCGUUUGUACCUCACCAACUCAAUCUUUUAUGAACACAGUCCCACAGCGUUUAAAUGCCGUGAAGCAACCAAAAAUCUUGAAACCCUUCUCAACUGGUGACAUGAAAAUCUUAUUAUUAGAAAACGUCAACCAAACUGCAAUUGCAAUCUUUGAGGAACAAGGAUACCAGGUCGAGUUCUAUAAAUCUUCAUUGCCUGAAGAAGAAUUAAUUGAAAAGAUUAAAGAUGUUCAUGCCAUUGGUAUCAGAUCAAAGACCAGAUUAAGUUCAAAUGUACUACAACACGCCAAGAAUUUGGUUUGUAUUGGUUGUUUCUGUAUCGGUACCAAUCAAGUCGAUUUAGACUACGCUACUGGUAAAGGUAUCGCGGUCUUCAAUUCUCCUUUCUCCAAUUCAAGAUCCGUAGCUGAAUUAGUCAUCGGUGAAAUCAUUAGUUUGGCCAGACAAUUAGGUGAUAGAUCCAUUGAGUUGCAUACAGGCACAUGGAAUAAAGUUGCUGCUAGAUGUUGGGAAGUGAGAGGUAAGACUCUUGGUAUCAUUGGGUAUGGUCACAUUGGUUCCCAAUUAUCUGUUCUUGCAGAGUCUAUGGGUUUGCAUGUUCUAUAUUACGAUGUUGUCACAAUCAUGGCUUUGGGUACUGCUAGACAGGUUUCCACCUUGGAUGAAUUAUUGAACAAGUCUGAUUUCGUAUCUUUACACGUACCUGCCACUUCAGAGACCACAAAAAUGUUAUCUGCUCCACAAUUUGCCGCCAUGAAGGAUGGCUCUUAUGUCAUUAAUGCUUCAAGAGGUACAGUUGUGGAUAUUCCAUCUUUGAUUCAAGCCAUGAAGGCCAACAAAAUUGCAGGUGCCGCUUUGGAUGUUUACCCACACGAACCAGCUAAGAAUGGUGAAGGUUCAUUCAACGAUGACUUAAAUAGCUGGACUUCAGAAUUAGUUUCGUUGCCAAACAUUAUUCUGACACCUCACAUUGGUGGUUCUACAGAAGAAGCCCAAAGCUCAAUUGGUAUUGAAGUGGCUACCUCAUUGGCUAAAUACAUUAACGAAGGUAAUUCUGUCGGUUCAGUUAAUUUCCCAGAAGUGGCAUUGAAAUCUUUGUCUUAUGACCAAGAGAACACUGUGCGUGUUCUGUAUAUUCACCAAAAUGUACCAGGUGUUUUGAAGACUGUCAAUGAUAUCUUAUCGAACCAUAACAUUGAAAAGCAAUUUUCCGACUCCAACGGUGAAAUUGCUUAUUUAAUGGCUGAUAUUUCUUCUGUUGAUCAAAGUGAUAUCAAGGAUAUUUAUGAACAGCUAAAUCAAACUUCUGCUAAGAUCUCCAUUAGAUUGCUGUAUUAA